AUGGCUAACCCACGUCCAAUAUACAGCCAGAAACAUGGGGACGACAGCCAGGACCAGAUCGGCUCCAUGGGCUCGACGCCCUCGGGAAUUGCGACGCCGCAGCCAGAUCCCUCCGACAAGCGCGUCCCGGGGAUAAUGCCUAGUUUCUUUGCACAGGUUCGUGCCGGUUCCGAUUCUACUUCAGCCCCUACCACCAGUCUACGAUCUCCUCCCAUGCCUUCUCCAGCCCGCCAUACCCCAGGGGAGCAUAAUAGUGAUGAGCGUGAUGUCGGUGGACGCUGCCAGGCCGCCGGUGGAGAGACACAGGGAAUAUCAGCGGCAGCACAGAAAUCGCCAACCUCUCAAUCUUCACACCCGCCCUGCCCCUCAUUAUCUGAGUCCACGAACCUGCUGGAUCGUGGUCGCCAACAUUCUGCGCCAGCUCCUUGCUCCUCCUCCUCCUCUUCUUCUUCCUCCCCUCCUGUCACAACCCAGAGCUUGGAUGUUAUAUCAGAUAAAGAGUACCUCGCCUCCGCCAGGGAUGGAAUCAGUCGUGUUGGCAGCGGCGGUGGCGGCGGCGUCCAUGGCAGCGGUAGUGGUGGUGCCGUCAACCCUCUACCUACACCCCCUCGUUCCUCGUUCUGCUCUAUCACACAGAAGGAUACCGAAGAGGUAGAGAACGGUGCUCCCGAGAUAGACACUGGCGUUAGCUCGGUGUACCGUGCCCUGAAGAACCUUAUUUUCUCCAAAACGUCGCAAAAGCAAAAGACGAAGCGGCAUACUUCAUUCCCUGUCUCCAGUGUCUCGCCCGAUGCCGUCAUGGCCUCCCAUUUCUCUAAGCCCUCCCGUCCUUCUUCUCAAUCAAUAUCACAAUCCCAUUCCCUAUCCUCAUCCUCAAAAUCUCCCACCCAACACCACCACUCAAUCUCCAGCUCAUGUGAGGAACUGGCAAAGCUGACUGACAACGCGGCCGCUGGUCCGCGUACAAAGAACACGCCCCCGCUUACCCCCCGCGCCAUGUCCAAUGAAACCGAUGCCGCGGAAAAGAGAGAUCCGCCGAGGUCAAUAAUAGAAAACUCCCCGCCUCAUCAGGGCAAUACGCCAGACAUUGAAGGACGAGGGCUACGGCCUAGCAUCGAUCCCUAUGUCGUUUGCGUUUUUGAGUGGAACGAAUACAUCUCCAAGGGCGCAAAGGCCGAAAAGGCUGGUCCAGGUGGUAGCCUAACAGGUCCCGGUAUGGGCUCGGGGAGAAAUAGACUGGAAGCGCUUGGCUCGGUGCCGAUUCAACGGUCGAAUAGCGACUCGGGGCGACCCAUGGCUAUUCCGAUGAGGAGCCGGCAGAGCAGCCAUAAUAGCAUGAUGGAUGGAGGACAUAGUAGUGGGCUUACUGAAGUCACUGAUCCCCAGUGGAAUCACGAUGCUAUUUUUGACGUCCUUGGACAUGAAUCGGAGCUUGACGUGUCUGUCUACGACCGUUCGAAUCACGAAGCUUUCCUAGGCCACCUGAAGUUAUCCCUCAACUUGAAGGAAGACCACACCACGCUUUCUGGAUGGUAUCCUCUACACCCACUCGCUCACGGCCAGGGACCCGUGUCGGGCGAGAUAUUCCUACAGAUGAGCUUCCAGAAGACGGACAAGAGGCACUUUGGUCCCAACGACUUCCAGAUCCUUAAGCUUAUCGGAAAGGGCACGUUUGGUCAAGUGUAUCAGGUGAGGAAGAAGGAUACGCAACGAAUCUACGCCAUGAAGGUCCUGUCCAAGAAGGUGAUUAUUCAGAAGAAGGAGAUCGCGCAUACCCUUGGCGAGAGAAACAUUCUUGUCCGUACAGCGAUGACGGAUUCUCCAUUCAUCGUUGGUCUGAAGUUCUCCUUCCAGACUCCUACAGAUCUAUAUCUCGUUACAGACUACAUGUCUGGUGGUGAGCUAUUCUGGCAUCUCCAGAAAGAAGGACGAUUCCUAGAAGCCCGUGCAAAGUUCUACAUUGCCGAACUAAUCCUUGCCCUGCAACAUCUUCACGACCACGACAUCGUGUACCGAGACUUGAAGCCCGAGAAUAUCCUUCUCGACGCAAACGGCCACAUCGCACUGUGCGAUUUCGGCCUUUCCAAAGCCAACCUCACAAAGGACGAUACCACCAACACCUUCUGCGGUACGACCGAAUAUCUCGCUCCCGAAGUCCUACUCAACGAAACAGGGUACACCAAGAUGGUCGAUUUCUGGUCAUUGGGUGUUCUCGUCUUUGAGAUGUGCUGUGGCUGGAGCCCCUUCUACGCCGAGGACACGCAGCAGAUGUACAAGAACAUUGCGUUCGGCAAGGUUCGCUUCCCGCGCGAUGCGCUCAGCGCUGAAGGAAGGAACUUUGUCAAGGGUCUGCUGAACCGAAACCCUGAACAUCGUCUUGGCUACCGAGAUGAUGCCAAGGAACUUAUGGCACACCCGUUCUUCCACGACAUCGACUGGGCUGUUCUGGCCAACAAGGGCGUUAUCCCUCCCUUUAAACCGACGCUAACGUCCGUCAUGGACACGUCGUACUUUGAUCCGGAAUUCACCACUGCAUUAGAGCAGUCGGCGUCUCUAAAUGCCAGGGCCGCUGCGUUGGCUAACGGGUUAAACCCUGCAGGCACGCCCUUGUCGCCGGGCAUGCAGGCAAACUUCAAGGGGUUCACUUUCGUCAACGAGAGUUCGAUGGAACACCAUAUGAACCACGGCCACGGCCAUGGUAGCUACACCAGCCAUCCGGCGGAUGAUUACAUGGAGGAAGAUUUCCCUGAACAUGAUCAAUGGACACAACCUAACAAGGUUACCGGAAGUAACAGGACCGGCGCAGGCCAUGGCGCCGGCGCUUCGGAUCAUAGUCAUCGCAUGAGCGGAAUUGAGAGGACGAACACAACGAGGGCUUCAGACGCGCCUCAGAUGUCAAACGGCGAUGCGGACGGCGGUAUAUUCCACGACGAUUAUCAUUUCGAGAUGUGA